AUGGAGUCGUGGGCUAAAUUGAAACAGUUUAUACAAUCUACGCCGCUUUUUAAUAGAGCGAGAUCAGACGAGACGAAAGCAAAGCCAACUCAGGACCAUGUCAAGUAUAAACAUAUCUCGGAUAACGACGACGCUACGGAUUUGAGAGCUGAUCUUUUUAAGUCUCGCUCAAUCGAUGAUAUUCUAGACGAUAUAGGCUUGAGAUUACUUCAUUUGAAACUGAUCCUAAUUCUUGGCUUACUAAACAUGACAGUUUCUCUAGAAGUUUCCAUGUUAUCUAUCAUACUUCCAAGUAUAAAAUCACACUGGAAUAUCUCGUCGUUCCUGGCUGGAGUCUUAACCAUCUCAAUAUCGGCAGGAAUGGUAGUAGGCUCUUGGUUUUGGGGCUGGGUAUGUGACAAAUACGGACGAAAACGUGGUUUUAUUGGCAGUGCUACUUUUAUAGUGGUUUUCGCAUUUGCAAGUGCGUUUUCACCAAACUAUUACUGGUUAUGGAUAAGUCUUUUCUUGGUCGGGUUUGGGAUAGCAACCAUAUUUGAGGCUAUUGUUAUGACUAUGGAAUUAUUCCCACCAAAAUAUCGAACUAUGUUUUCAGUAUUAAACUCCCCAUUCUGGACAUUAGGCUUUCUACUUUCAGCAAUAGUCUCUACUGAGCUUUCAGUAAUCGGCUUUCGUUGGGCUUUAGCUAUCGUGUGUUUUCCAACCGCACUUUUCCUUAUUGGUAUUGUAUUCCUCCCUGACACGCCACAUUACCACCUAGCUGCCGGAGACGAGCAGAAAGCUUUGAAUAUUUUACAAGAUUUUGCACCAGAAAUGGACUUGAGCAACAUAAAACUCAACCGAGAUCACGAGUCAAAGGUCCGGGCAGAUUUCACACAGCUAUUUCGAUCAGGUUAUUGGAAAAUCACAAUAUGCGCUUGUAUUGUGGCUUUUACCUGUACUAUAGCGUAUUACGCUUUAGUAUACACCGCCUCUGAUGUUGCCAGCUUUGAAAAUGCCACGUCUACGGUAAAGGGCCCAGAAAAUUACAAACUAGGUAGUGGCAAUUUGUAUUCGACAAUGGCUUGGAUGAAUUUGCCUGAGUUGGUGAUAACAAUUACAGUUGCUGUAGGGUGUUAUAUUUUUACAGUGAAAAAUGUGGUAUUAACCCUAUUUGUCCUGCCAAUAAUACUACAAAUUGUUGCCUUUUUUGUCCUAAACGAAAGGACUGCAUUACUUGUAGUGACAAUGCUAUCCCGAAGUCUAGUUAUGACAUUAGUUACUGUGUUUUACAUUUAUGCUUCGCUGCUCUACCCGACUGAAAACCGUAGCAUUGGCGUUGGAGCUUGCAUUUCUAUGGCUCGUGUUGGGAUGCUCCUAGGACCGUUCAUAUUCGUGACUCUCUUUGAACAAGCGUAUUUCUACGGAAUUGUGUUUAAUAUUGGCAUGUUAUUGUUAGGACUUAUAGCAACUGCCUUGUUGCCUUCACGAAGUAGCGCUACCUUAAGUUGAGAAAACCGGAACAUUGAAAUAUUGUGCGUGCAUGCAUCGUUGGGUCACAUGUGCCACCCCUCGUAAGUUAGACCUGUCCUUGGAAGGCCACAAAUUUAACACAUGUAACUCGUUGCCGUUAUCGCUGUUGUUACUGUUACUGUUAUUGUUGUACGUUGUAGUGAUUUUUACACCCACCAUGCAUUUUGCUUCGCACGAAUAUGCAUUUGAAUUUAAUUCCAUUAAUUGGCCUCCAUUUGGUUGCAUGAGCUACGAUAAAGACUGGCCUUUAAUACACUGUCUGAAAGUUUCUGCGAUCAUAGUAGGAAUUUUGCACGGGCAAAUUCUAAGUUUUUUUAUG